CUCAGCUGUUGCGUUAAUCACUGUGGCUUUCGGCGUUUGCUAACCUUUCGAAAUCAUAUCACUAUCAAGGCCCUCAAGUUUUGCGAAGAGAAUGGAGAAAUGCAGUAGUUUCCAAACAAAAAUCUGCACAAUCAGACGUGUUUGUGCUGCUGACAAUUCAACCAGCAAAGAUAACUUAUCAGUAGAUUAAAAAGAUACAAAGUUUUGAUUGCACAAUGUCGUCAGUUGUGGAGGAUGUUUGUGAAUUAUUGGAUAGUUAUAACGGGCGCGACAAGGUAGUCCGCCUAGCUUGUUACACCUGCAAGUUGUAUGGGUGCUUGCGUGGCGAGCAGGCGUGGCAGACGGCGGGGUCGCGGCUAUCCGGCGCGCGGCUCAUGCUGCGCCUGUUCGACGACAUACCCAUGAUCCGACACACAUACAACUAUGGCUUAGGAAAACAUGAGUCUACAAAAAUAGCGGCAGUGCUUGGCGUGCUGGCCAACAUCGUGGACCAAACGUUCCUGCCCGUGGAGAAGGCGUGCUGGCUGCACGAGGUGGGCGUGCUGCGCCUGUCCGCUCCGGCCGCCAGCCGCCUGGAGGUGCUCAGCACGGUGCUGUGGGCCGCCAGCCUGUACAUCUCUCUCAUACAGACGGCGCGCGCCAUGCGCCACACGUGGUGGCGCCGCGACUGCCUGCGCGCGGGCGCGGCGCGGCGCCAGCUGGACGCGCGGCUGUGGCUGCAGGGCGGCGCGGCGGCCAAGCUGGCGCUGGACCUGGUGCACGCCGGGAGCUGCCUGCCGCGCGGCUGGCUGUGGGGCGCGCGCCUGGCGCCCGCGCACGUGGCGGCCGCGGCCUCGCUGUCCUCGCUGGCGGGCAUCGCGCUCUACUUCGCCCGCAAGCGCCUGAUCAAGUGACGCCGCUCGUUUCUAUUCCAGAACCGCACAAGUACAAAUGAGGCAUCGGGGGCCAUCUGGGACUCGGCUCUCCUCUAUCCUAGGUAUAGAGAGAAUUCGAUUUUCUAUCUCCCUCUCUCGCAUUCGAGAUAAGGAAAUAGAACAUGGAGCUCUCGAAACGCAAGUCUGCGGGUGUAAGAUUAUUUAUUUACGUACCGCGCUACUUAAAAGAGUUACUUUUGGGAAAUUCAACUGUGUACCAUUUUUUUUGUUGAAGCUAAUGCGUGAAUUCUUACACGGCACGAUGGUUUGCCUGCAGCAUGCGGUAACAGUAUUUGCCGCAGUUUAUUUAAUAGUGCCGUAAACAAAACUUGCAGCGGCGUAAACGAACGUCACUUCAGACAACGACGAAAUGCCCAAGCAAUUUACUGGCUCCGUUGCAAAUAGGAUCAUAUUGCUAUAGCUUAAAGUAGGAUUUUUUUUUAUGAAUAUCGAUACAGCCAACUGUGUCGAGAUUCGUCUUGUUUUCAAUAGAACCAGUAAAUUGGGUAUUAUCGGUCUAAACUAAACCCUAAUAUUUAAAUAAGACAAAACGUCAAGAUUCGUAAUGUCUUGACAAUUUUUUUUUGUACACCAUGCAGUAGUGCUUAGUGCAUAUAAAUAAACUUUCGCUACAUAGCGAUCCCUAGCAGGCUUUACAAGUGGUGAAUCCCAAUGGCGUUUGGUACACUAAAGUAACCUUGGCUUUUCGUUUAUUUAAAUAUUGACUAGGGGCUCUGCAGGGUAUUCAAAUAUGAACAUAAUAUGAAGUGAUAAAAUAAAAUGUUAAUAUUAUGUAAAUAUGACCUUUCAAUGUAUCAUGUAUAUAUUCAUUUGGUUAUUUCUUAUUUCAAAUAUGAAUAGAUAUGAUUUCUUUGUACAGAUUAGAACGUAAUAUAACUAAGAAGUUAAUCAUUACUCACUAUAAUAUUAUAAAAUUUACUAUAAUGGUAUAAGAUUUCACCAUUCAAAUGUACGAUUACAGCAUAGACCCGGCGAGCGCUUUCACAGGGAAUGUUUUUUUAAAUAAAACUUGCAAUACAUAGCAAAACCGGAAAUAAAAGCAGAUUUUUUUGUAAUUGUAAAUAUUUCCGAACAUCAUUGGACAGUUUUUCGAAAUUAGUCAUCAUGCAUAUUGCAACUUUUUGUAUUACCUAUCACUAGAUGACCCGGUGAACUUUGUAUCAAGUUAACAACGCCAUCUAUUGGAGGUACUCCGAAGUAGCAAUUCUACUGCUCGUUUGGCUCGAACGGUGCAGUUGUAGUGUGGACAAUUCAAUUUUCUAUUGAGAUACUUAAAGAUACAAAAAUAAAGAUUUCCUUGAAUUUGGCCAUCAAAUGCUGGUGUGAAAUUUAAAUAAUAAUGGAGUUUUAAUAGAUUUAAAGCAUGAUCGAUGUUAUCAACCCAACGCGUAAUAUAGGCGAUCUCUCUCUAAUCUCCGCUAUAUUCUUAUUUUUGUAAUUUAAAAAAAUCUAAAUGAUCAGAAUUCGUCUUUUUUGAAGUUUUCUAAAUUCUUCAUCGCCUUUUUAUAAAUAUCCAAUUUAAAUGUCUCUAGUUUUUUCCCCCGUUUCUGUAUGACGUAUUAUGUGAAUGUCUAAAAUAGUAUAGGUUUUAUAAAUUGUUAUUUAAUUUACAUUAAUGUUGUAAGUCUACUUUAUAAUAAAAGGAUGAUAAUA